GUGAUGCAGCAGUAUUUGUGAAGGGGUCUGAGAAACAACAACAACACUGUCUUACUUUACACAACUUGCCUUACUUUGGACAUGUCAAAAGAGCAAGUUAGUGGUGAGAGCAUGCAGCUCAGUGAGGAACAGCUGUAUCAGAUAGAGCAGAACAGACGCGCCGCACUGGAACGACUGGCCAGCAGAAAUGUACCUGUACCCGUUGGUGAAAGCUGGCGAAGACAAAUCGGGACUGAAUUUGCAAAACCUUAUUUUACAAAACUCAUGUCUUUUGUUACAAUGGAAAGGAAAUGCUUUACUGUUUAUCCCAGCCCUGAGCAGGUGUUUAAUUGCACAACUUUGUGCGCAAUUGAAGAUGUAAAAGUGGUCAUUCUUGGGCAAGACCCCUAUCACCAUCCAGGUCAGGCUCAUGGUUUGGCCUUCAGUGUGCUGAGGCCUAAACCUCCUCCUCCUAGUUUGGAAAACAUAUUUGCGGAGUUGAAGGAAGAUAUUGUUGGCUUCCGGCACCCAGGUCAUGGAGACCUCACAGAAUGGGCUAAACAGGGUGUUCUGUUGCUGAAUUCUGUGCUGACAGUGAGGGCUCAUCAACCCACCUCUCAUGAGGGUCAAGGCUGGGAGAUCUUCACAGAUGCUGUGGUCCUGUGGCUCAGCAGGAACCUCAAUGGCCUGGUCUUUCUGCUUUGGGGCUCUUAUGCUCAGAGGAAAGGCAGAGUGAUCGACAGAAAACGUCAUCAUGUCCUUGAGACUUCACAUCCAUCACCGUACUCAGCACAUUUUGGCUUCUUUGGAUGUAGGCACUUCUCUAAAACUAACAUUUUGCUUAAGGCAUCAGGAAAGAAGCCAGUUGAUUGGAAAGCCCUCUGAAAUAACAUUAUGCCAUUUAUUCUUGAUUUUUUUAAAAGUAAAACAGGGAGGUUGUAAACAUUAAACAUUAUACAUUACAAUGUUUUGUAUUGUAUAGUACAGUUAUAUUGCAAAUGGGUCACAGCUGUCCUGUUGUGAGGUUGACCUUGUAAUAAUCAUCUACAUGUUGUUAUAUUGCAAAUAAUUACAUUAUCUGGACAAUAAAUGAGUACAAUUAAUGAAUGUUUUUCAUUAGUCAUAUUGGACAAAAAGAGUGUGAUUUUAUAGACUUACCACUUAUUUCAGCUUAAAGUUAAUAACAAAAAAAGUGUUGUUUGAUAAUUUUACAGCUAUAGGUUAAAAACUCACAUCGUUAAUCCCUUUAAAAAGGUUUAAACUACUGUAAGAUAUGAAAGAUAUUAAACACAGCAAAAAUAUGAAUUUAAAAGUGAAUUUGAUUUUAAAAUGUAAUUUUUGACAGAUAGUAGUGCAGUGUAGAGAAAUGUGUAAUAUUAUUAUUAAUAUUAUUAAGCACAACCCUCAAGUAUCGCCCAAAAUGUACAGUUAGUAAUUCUGAUGUACAUUUUGACAAAUCCUAACAUUAAUAGGUGCCA